AUGUCGAAGGAUGUAAUAGAAUACUCAAAACUAUUUGCUAAACUAGUCAACCCGAGCGAUGAUACGAAACUAGAUGAUACAAUAGCGUCCUUCUUAUAUUAUAUGUUUCCAAGAGAGCUCUUUAUUCGAGCAAUUUCGUUGUUAGAAUCCUCAGACAUGUUUAUUUACAUACUAGAUAAAGUUUAUGAGAAGGAAGGUAAUGUGGCUGCAUCAUUGAUUGAUGUAUUGGUUGACGAGUUUUAUACGGACUCAUCAAGUUCACCGUUGGAGUAUCGCUUAAUCGUCAAGGAUACCAACGAUGGAGCCCCUCCAAUACUGGUAGAUAUAGUUCAGUGGUUCUGUUCAUGCGAAGAGUAUUGUGAGCAUUUUCACGGGGCACUAGAAAAAACUGACCAAAAAGAAGAAUUGCACGAUGCGCUGGUUAAUGAAAUUGAUGAUCACUUGCAGUUUUCGAAUGAUAGGUUUGCGCAGCUGGAUCCUCAUAGCUUGUCCAAACAGUGGUAUUUCAAAUUUGAUAAAAUUUGCUGUUCACAUUUGCUAGCGUUUUCUAUUUUGCUCAGGUCUUCAGCCAACGUACUGAAGUUUUUCACUGUUAGCUCAAGUAAAGUUUUUGUUAUCUCUAUAGAUAAUAUCGAUGAAUGGUUAAACUUGCAUAUCAACAUAGUUGAAUAA